UCGACGCCGACGCCGCGCCGAUGCUCUCCGCGCGCCUCGUCGUCGCUCGACGGCGCCCUCUAUCGGUACGACGACGGCGUCCUCGAGGCGGUUCCGUUCGACGCGGACUCGCUGCUCGCGCGCUCGUUCCGCGUCGACGACGACACGGUCGUCGUCGGAGGUCGCGAGACGGUGACGGCGUGGGGGUCGGGUCACGACGAGGACGUCGUCGUCGUGCGGCGGACGACGCGCACGGUCAGGUCGGUCGCGGCGCGCUCUGGUGUCGAGAACUGGAACUUCAGCGUCGCGCAGGCGGAGCUGAGCGUGCACGAGCGGCCGCGGCGGACGCGUGCGGAGACGAGGAGGAGGAGGCGGUUGCCGUCGGUGGGGGUGCCGGAUGGCACGGUGAUGGCGGUGGACGGCGCAGCAGCAGUGCUGUGGUCGCACAAGUUUGACGCGCCCGUCGCGCACGCGUGGAGCGUCGUCGACGGCGAGGCGGAAGAGAUAAGUCUGUUUGACUAUCACCACGUCCCCGCGCUGCACGCCGCGCACGAACGACUCGAGUACUCGCGCGCUCUCCCCAUGCUCUACAUGGGCAUGCACCGUGAACAGGUGUACGUGCAGCCGUCUGUCAACCAGGAGAGCGGCAGCGGCAACGAGCUCGUCCCGCGCGUGAACUGGAAGCCAUACGUCGCGACGUCACCAUCCCGCACGCAGCUCCUCAUCCCGGCAGCCGGCGACUGCGCCGCGACGAACGGGGAUGCUUCCCGCGCGCUCUCUCUCCCGAAGCACUUCGACGGGUACCCGUUCGACGUCGGCAUCUACCUCUUCGAUCGGAGCGCGCGCCCGCUCGUCGUGCUGCCCUCUGGCGGCGGCGACGACGGGUUCGGGAUCGCGGCGUCGCUGUGGAGCUGGUGGCGGGAGGUGGCAGCGAUCAGCGUUACCACGGCGAUCGCGUUCCACUUGUUUGUGACGCGCUGCUGGCACCGCGGAAAGUACCGGAGGCUGCGCGACGAGAUAGAGAAGCUGAGGGAGCGAUCGGGAUGCGGGCUGUCCGAGGUCGCCGUGGAGACGGCGUCCGCGGCGACGACACCGACGACGCCGAGCUACUCGACCGGCUACAGCGUGAACACGACGGAUUCUCAGGAGUUUGUGUCGCGGUACCAGGAGGACUUUACACAGGUGGCGUGUCUGGGCCGCGGAGGUUUCGGCGUCGUCUUCGAGGCGCGUAACAAACUCGACGACUGCUCUUACGCCGUCAAGCGCAUCUCGGUGCCGAACCGGCCCGGGGCGCGCACGCGGGUCAUGCGCGAGGUCAAGGCCCUGGCCAAGCUCGACCACGUCGGCAUCGUCCGCUACUACCAGGCGUGGUCGGAGCUGCCGCCGCCGCGCUGGCAGCGUGAGCGGGACCGCGAGCUCGGCACGUCGUCGCACUGCAGCUCCCCCUACACGUCGAAGGCGUCGUCGCCGCCGCGCGGUGGCUCCCCCUACACGUCGAAGGCGUCGUCGCCGCCGCGCGGUGGCUCCCCCUACACGUCGAAGGCGUCGUCGCCGCCGCGCGGUGGCUCCCCCUACAUGCCACAGGCGUCGUCGCCGCCGCGUGUUGCCUCCCCUUACGCGUCGAAUGCGUCGCCGGUGUGCGGUGGCUCCCCCUAUGCAUCGAAUGCUUCGCCGGUGUACGGUGGCUCCCCCUACGACUCGAUGGCAGCAGACAACAACAAUGGGUCGCUGCGCGCACGGCGCGCGCCCGCUCGCAUGGCCUCGGUGCCUGAGACGGACGAGACGGGGAAGGCGAGACGGCGUUCGCGCCGCGAGGCGUGGCACGAGGCGUCGUACCGGCGAGACGCCGCCGCCGAGACGAGCGACUCGUUCAUCCGCUUCGAGGACUCGCGUCUCGCGGCGGUCGCCCCCGACGACGGCUUCGCCUCGAGCUCGGCCCACAGCGACAGCAGCUUCCGCGACGACUUCGUCGCCGGCGCAACGCAUCCCCGGCGCGCGGCGACGACUCCGACACGGACAGCAGCUUCCAAGUGGAUUUCGCCGCGGGCGACGACGACUACGAACCCGACCCCCCCGUCUCGAUACACGAGCGGGAUGAGCGGCGGCCCCCGUCCCGAGACGCGAUCGCGAGCAAGCCAGCACAGCCCAGCCCUCUUCCUCUACAUCCAGAUGCACUGCUGCCGCGUGAGAGCCUCCGCGAUAUCGUGGACGCGCGUUCGCUACGUGCACGCGUCGGACUCAUGCCACCGACGACUCAAGCCCAACAUCUUCUUCUCGCUCAGACUCGUCAAGAUCGGCGACUUCGGCCUCGCGACCGCGCUCGCGAUAACACGACAACGCCGCUACGACCGCGCCCCCUCGCGCGCCGCCACACGGACAAUGUGGACGCAGCUGUACAUGAGUCCCGAGCUCACGGACGAGACGGGGAAGGCGAGACGGCGUUCGCGCCGCGAGGCGUGGCACGAGGCGUCGUGCCGGCGAGACGCCGCCGCCGAGACGAGCGACUCGUUCGUCCGCUUCGAGGACUCGCGUCUCGCGGCGGUCGCGCGGAAGCUGCUGUCGCUGUGGGCCGAGCUCGAGGCGAAGCCGUCGUCGGGGGGCCGGCGACGAAGUCGUAUGCGUUGCCCCCUGCGCGCGGCGGACGACUCCGACACGGACAGCAGCUUCCAAGUGGAUUUCGCCGCGGGCGACGACGACGACUACGAACCCGACCCCUCCGUCUCGAUGCACGAGCGGGAUGAGGCGGCGGCCCCCGUCCCGAGACGCGAUCGCGACCAGCCACUCGCGCAGGCUCUCACGCCGGCACAGCUGCAUCUGGAUGUAGAGGAAGAGCGGCUGCUGCGCUGCUGCUGCCCCGCACGCGUGCACGUAGCGAACCGCGUCGACGAUCUGCGCGAAGAUCCAGAGACACUCGCCGUGGUCGCGCGCGCGUCCGUCGUCUGGCCGAAGUCGCCGAUCUUGACGAGUCCGUCGAGCGAGAAGAAGAUGUUGGAGGGCUUGAGGUCGCGGUGCAUGAGUGUGGGCACGCAGCUGUACAUGAGUCCCGAGCUCGUCAGCGGGCGCGUAUACUCGCACAAGGUCGACGUCUUCUCGCUCGGACUCGUCCUGCUCGAGCUGCUCACGUCGUUCUCGACGCAGAUGGAGCGCGCGCGCGUUCUCGGCGACGCGAAGCGGCUGCUGCUGCCGGCGGACGUGGAGCGGGAGCGGCCGGCCGAGGCUGCGCUCGUGCGCCGCAUGCUCGCGUCCGCGCCCGAGCAGCGGCCGUCGGCGGCCGACGUCCGCGACAGCCCGGUGCUGCGCGACGCCGGCGCCCCCUCGCGGCAGCCGCCGACGCGGGAUCGCCGCGCGACGUUUGCGGCGGGUGCGCGCGAGGUGUCGUCGCGCGGUCCCGUUACCGCGGCGAUGGCGGCGAAGGCGCGCUCGCGCACGCUGUCUAACAGGGGCGGGUCGAGCGAACGCAGCGGCAGACGACACUCCUUGUGA